GCUGCCGGGAGGGCGGCGGGGCCGGGGCUGGUACCGGGGGGGGCCGCGCCGGGACAUCGCGGCCAUGCAGAAAUACGAGAAGCUGGAGAAGAUCGGGGAAGGCACCUACGGGACCGUGUUUAAGGCCAAGAACCGGGAGACGCACGAGAUCGUGGCGCUGAAGCGGGUGCGGCUGGACGACGAUGAUGAGGGAGUGCCCAGCUCGGCGCUGCGGGAAAUCUGCCUGCUCAAGGAGCUCAAGCACAAGAACAUCGUCAGGCUCCACGACGUCCUGCACAGCGACAAGAAGCUGACCCUGGUCUUCGAGUUCUGUGACCAGGACCUGAAGAAAUAUUUUGACAGCUGCAAUGGGGACCUGGACCCUGAGAUCGUCAAGUCGUUCAUGUACCAGCUGCUGAAGGGCCUCGCCUUCUGCCACAGC